AUGAAGAGUCCACCAUGGCCUAAAGGAAAGAAACUGGUCCACCUGGAUUUGAAAGGUGCCCCCCCGAGGGUAGAAUACCUUCACAAGCUGAUCGAGCUGUUCUCUCAGCUGGGAGUCGACGGCCUGCUGGUGGAGUAUGAGGACAUGUUUCCUUAUGAUGGGGAGCUGAAGCUGCUGCAGGCCACAGCUCAGCCUGCUUACAGCCGAGAGGAGGUACUGUCGAUGCAGGACUUUGCCAAAUCGAAGGGCUUGGAGGUCAUCCCACUUGUGCAGACGUUUGGUCACAUGGAGUUCGUGUUAAAGCAUCGGCCCCUGUGGAGCCUGAGAGAGGUGGCACCCUGUGUGGGCACCCUGAAUCCCCACCGAGAGGACGGGGUGAGGCUGGUGAUGGAGAUGCUGAGGCAGGUGGUGGAGCUGCAUCCGGGCUUGAAUGCACUGCACAUCGGAGCAGAUGAGGUAUAUAUGCUCGGCGAGGGGGAGGAGUCCAAGCUGUGGUUGGGUUCGCCCGGACGUACGGUGGAGCACCUUUUUCUGAGUCAUGUGGCCAAGGUGGCCCAGGCCAUCAGGGAGACGUGGCCACACAUGACCAUCAUAAUGUGGGAUGAUAUGAUGAGAGGCAUGGGCCAGGACACACUAAAAGCUAGUGGCCUGGUGGGAUUGGUCCAGCCCAUGUUGUGGGACUACACCCCUAAUCUGGAUGUGGACACAACUGUGUCUCUGCUGGAGAAGUACUGCAGUGCCGGUAUGUCCGACCUGUGGGCAGCCAGCUCCUUUAAGGGCUCCACCAGUGUUUACACCUGUGUGCCCAGCACGCAGAGACAUGUGGAUAAUCAUGAGCAGUGGCUCAAGGUGGCUGCUGCUGUAUCUGCCACUGUAAACCUGCAGGGCAUCGCCAUCACAGGCUGGCAAAGGUACGACCACCUGUCGGUGCUGUGCGAGCUGAUGCACGUGGCCCUUCCGUCGCUAGCGGCCUGUCUCCAGACGCUCAGCCACGGUCAGUUCAGCGCCGAGGCUCAGAGCAAAGUAGCCGAGAGUCUGGAUAUCUCCUCAGUGGAGGUAGAGGCCAUGGGGAGGACGACUGCGGACGAGUCGCUGUUCCCAGGGAGGAGGCUGGCUGAGUUAACUGUGGAGCUCAAUUCACUGCUGAACUCAGAGGACAUACGGUUUUUUGACAACAACAUGUUUGUUAGAGGUUGGUUCAGCCCCUACCACCAACAGAGGAAGAUGUUAAGCCCUCUCAUCGGCAUGCAGAUUCACAGCCAAGCAUCAACGUAUUUGACUGCAUUACAAGAGAAGGUGGAGGCAGUGAGAGAGGAGAUGGUGCGUCUUUACCCAGAGUCAACAGCCCAGGAGUGGAUCGAGGAACACGUCAGCCCUGUAAUGGCUCCUUUACAGAGGAUAACCGAGGACAUCGGAGCCUGCGUCAAUGAGAUGGUGCCGUAGAAUAUUUUGCCAGCUCAGAAUCAAACUGCAACAUUUUUUUUUUUUUUUUGCAACCACCACUUAAUUUAACAGGAGUGACUUUUACGCGUAAAUUUGCACUAAUUGCACCAACAACAACAAAAAAAAAAAAGACUUUGGGUUUACAAAUACAUGGUUUUUAUAUAAUUCCUCCAAAUGUAUCAAAGUAAACGAAGACAAUAAAAUCAACCAACAAAAAAAGAUUCUUCUCAUUUUCUUUCCAGCAGAGCAGAGCACACCGACAUUCACCAUUUCAACAGAUGUAUGGAACUUUAAAGUUCCAUACACUUUAAAGAAGUUUGUCCAAAGCACCGAAGUGUUUGCCUGAGAUUCAGUCUUUGGUUCACAAAAAGUAAAUAAACGUUAAAAGACAGAACAACAGCAGGCUAAAGCAUUUCACAUAUAAUUAACUCAAUUGAGAGUCAUGCCCGAUUACAGUUUGCACAUGCGUUCAUCCGGAUUGCGGACUGGGUAUGAAUACACAUGAAACCAAAGGUGAUUAUCAACUGGGUGGUCCGGGAAACUGUGGGAAAAGCACUUUCCAUUGACUUGCACAUAAACA